AUGGUCAGCCCCCUCCAGGUCAUUGCCGCGGCCUCUUCCGUCGCUGCUACCACCGCUAGCCCCUUGGAUGGCCGCAUCAUCAACGGCACGGUGGCCCCCAUCGGCAAGCACCUGUUCGUGACGGGGCUUCGGGCGACAGAAGUCGGCCAGUCAAUUUGCGGGGCGGCGCUGAUCGCGCCCAAGGUGCUGCUCACUUCCGCGAGCUGCCUCAAGUCUUACUUUGCGUUUGCGUCGGUGGGGUCGCACUACCUCCAGGGCAACGUAGAUGGCGAGCGUGUUAAAAUCGUCAAGAAGACGGCGCACCCUCAGUUCAACGCGACCUCGUUCGAGUACGACUUUGCGAUUUUCGAGCUCGAAACUGCAGUGAAGUUCGCCGCCCCUGUUAAAGUCGCGUUCGACGACGACGAGUACGCCCCCCCCAACACCAUUGCAUGGGUGCGCGGGUGGGGCCUCAAUGCGACCAACUCGAACCAGUUCUCCCAAGUACUGCUGCAAGCCGACGUUCCUAUUUGGGACCAAGCGGCGUGCGCGGCGGCUGUGAAGCCGUUCAGGGCGCUUCGACAGUCAAUGCUUUGCGCCGGGGGGGAUAGCAAGGACUGGUGCUUUGGGGAUAAUGGGGGCCCUCUGACUGUGUGGAAAGGAGCGGACGAGUUUGUCGUGGGGCUGGCCAGCUGGGGGCCUCCGUGCGCGUCCAAGAACAUCCCGGGGGUAUAUGCCCGGGUGUCUGCCGCGCGCAGCUUCAUCGAACCAUUCUUGCCGGCCAAACCCGGCUGUUAA